AUGGAUCUGCAGAAAGACAUGGUUGUGAUGCUGCUGUCCAUGCUGGAAGGCAACGUGGUUAACGGAACCAUCGGGAAGCAGAUGGUAGACAUGUUAGUCGAGUCCUCCAACAACGUGGAGAUGAUCCUCAAGUUCUUCGACAUGUUCCUUAAACUCAAAGACCUGACGUCGUCCGACGCAUUCAAGGCUAAGAGCCCUUCAGAGGAAGGGACUGAGGAAACCAAGGAGGCCAAGUCAGAGCCGGAGAAAGCAGAGUAUGGACUGGAUGGAGAGAAGCAGGAGGAGGAGGAGAGGAGGAAGGAGGAGGAGAGGAGGAAGGAGGAGAGGAGACAGGAGGAGAAGAAGAGGAAGGAGGAGAAGCCGAAAGCUAAAGUGAGACAGCAGCACACCUCCAAGUCUGAUGAGCAUGACAUGCAGGAGUCUGCCUUCUAGAAAAUCAUCGCCUAUCAGAGGAAGCUGCUGAACUAUUUUGCUCGGAACUUCUACAACAUGAGAAUGCUGGCGUUGUUUGUGGCCUUCGCCAUCAACUUCAUCCUCCUCUUCUACAAGGUGUCCUCCUCCUCAGCGGUGAUGCCUGAAAGCAGAAGGCCCCGGGCAGGCAGCAGUGUGCGGUGGGACCCCGUGACGGAGGGUAGUGACACCCAGGAGCCUCAAACCCCCCAGCAGGAACCUGUGUUUGUCCACUUUGUGCUGGAGGAGAGCACCGGAUACAUGGAGCCCACCCUGCGUAUCCUGGCCAUCCUACACACUGUCAUCUCCUUCUGCUGCAUCAUAGGUUACUACUGCCUUAAGGUCCCGUUGGUGAUCUUCAAGCGUGAGAAGGAGGUGGCGAGGAAGCUGGAGUUUGACGGUCUCUACAUCACAGAGCAGCCGUCGGAGGAUGACAUUAAAGGCCAGUGGGACCGACUAGUGAUUAACACUGGCCAAACAACUACUGGGAUAAGUUUGUGAAGAGGAAGGUGAUGGAUAAGUAUGGAGAGUUCUACGGCCAUGACCGCAUCAGUGAGCUGCUGGGUAUGGACAAGGCUGCUCUGGACUUCAGUGACGCCCACGAGAAGAAGAAACCCAAGAAGGACAGCUCGUUAGCCGCAGUAUUAAACUCUGUUGAUGUGAAGUACCAGAUCUGGAAACUAGGAGUCGUCUUCACAGACAAUUCGUUCCUGUACCUGGCUUGGUAUAUGACCAUGUCCAUCCUGGGUCACUAUAACAACUUCUUCUUUGCUGCUCAUCUCCUGGAUAUCGCCAUGGGCUUCAAGACCCUCCGCACCAUCCUGUCUUCUGUCACGCACAACGGCAAACAGCUGGUUCUGACAGUAGGACUACUGGCUGGUGGUGGUGUAUUCUACACCCGUGGGGUUGGGCGUCAAUUCUUCAGGAAGUUCUACAAUAGGGGGAAGAUGGGAGAGACAACGGACAUGAAGUGUGAUGACAUGCUCACAUCUUGCCAAAACAGCCAACCCCCUCACCUGGAUGAUGGCCAGGAGGAUGACGAUGACGAAGAAGAGAAGGUGAUGUCAAAGAUGAUCCUGCUAGAUCUCAUACUCAUCACCAGCUGA